GUUUCGUUUGAUAUCAUUAUUAAUUAUUAAAAGAUCCACCAAUGACAUCUUAUCUUGUGCUCAUAAAAUAUUCUUUUUUUUUUUCUAUCCUCUCCUCUUUCUGUGUGCGUGUCUCUACCCCGGAGCCCCCGAUUUACAAGAUUAGAGGCUUGGGGUGGGCCCCUUUCUUCCUCCGCAGCCUCCCCCUUUGACCAUGCACGGCGGAAAGCUGAGUUGGAUUAACAGUGAAACCUCUGUCCGUAUCUGGAAAUUAAUUUCAAUCAACAAACGAAGUUUCGAAGAUGCCGACAUCUGUGGGGUCGGAGCUCAGUCGAAGUAGACGGAGGCCUCCGCUUCCCGUCCUUACAAAAAGCUCUCCGCCUUCCGGAAGAAAUCAGACUUAGACGUGGCACCCAAAAAAAAAAAAAAACAUGAACAGGAGCGAGAAUCACUCGAUCUGGACGCUUCUUCUUCUCCUCCCUCUGCUAAUCCUCCCGCAGAUCUUUCAUUCUUCAGCAGCAGAAGAAGAAAACACGGAUCAGUAUCUCACCAUCUCGAGCUCUUGCCAAAGCCGCUGUGGAGAUAUCACCAUUCCGUAUCCCUUUGGCAUCGGAAAAGGAUGUUACCUCAACAAGUGGUUUGAGAUUACGUGCAACAAAAGCACCUCGGGGGGGCUUGUCCCGUUCCUUCCCGGUAUCAACAAGCAAGUUGUGAAUAUACCAAAUUACGUGCGACUCGCAUCCAGUGAUUUGACGGUUUCCAUCACGAGUCCGAUCGCAUCGUCGGGGUGUUCGGGCCGAGAGGAUGUUGGAUCUCUUUUGAACUUGACAGGCAGUCCUUUCUUUGUGGGCUACGGUAAUAAACUCGUGGCAAUGGGUUGCGACAUCAAAGCGUUUAUGACGGACGUGGAGCCAAGAAUCAUUGGAUGCCAGUCUACUUGUGACCGUGGAAGUAAGAAUCGCGGUUACGGAUAUUGCGAGGCAGCAGCUCCAUCAGGUGGAUCUCUACAAGUGAUUGGUGUUAGAACAGAGAACAUGGACGGAACCAACUCUACAGGGGAAGGGUGCAGAGUUGCCUUCUUGACAGACCGGACAUAUUCCUCGUCAGCUGUAAGAGAACCACGUGCGUUUCUUGCUAAUGGAUCUUCUUCUUCUUCGUUACGGCUUUACUGGUACAUUCCGUUCAUGGAUCUUUCCGCCCCCUCGAACUGUCUGAAUUCAACACGCGGCUACAUUACAACAAGCGAAACCCGAGAAAACUGUCACUGCAGAUAUGCACAUCUUUCCGGCAUCAGCUACGCAAGCUGUGGUUGCAUAAGCGGUUACAGGGGGAACCCAUACCUUCCCGGAGGAUGCAGAGAUAUUGAUGAAUGUUCCAAAAAACCUUCCCCAUGUGGAGAUGGCUCUACUUGUGUGAAUACUCGCGGAAGUUACAAAUGUGUGCAGAAAAAGAUAUCGCCAGCUAUUGUAGGGAUUAGUUCGGGCUUCGGGUUGUUGCUCUUGGUGGCUGGAAUGUAUUGGCUGUACAAAUUCAUUAAGAAGAGGAAGGAGAUAAGCCGCAAGAAGAAGUUCUUCGAGCGCAAUGGAGGGUUGUUGUUGCAGCAACAACUGACUUCGACGAUGGAAGGAAACGUCGAGAAGACGAAAAUAUUCAGCUCUAAAGAGUUGGAGAAGGCAACCGAAAACUUCAGCAAAGACAGGGUGCUGGGACAGGGCGGCCAAGGCACUGUCUACAAGGGAAUGCUUCUCGAUGGCAGAAUCAUUGCAGUCAAGAAAUCCAAAGCCGUGGACAAAGACAAACUCGAAGAGUUCAUCAACGAGGUCGUCAUUCUCUCCCAGAUUAACCAUAGGAACAUCGUCAAACUCUUGGGAUGUUGUCUUGAGACGGAUGUUCCUCUCCUGGUUUACGAGUUUAUUUCCAAUGGGAACCUUUUUGAGCAUCUUCACGAUGGAUCUGACGAUUACACGAUGACUUGGGAGGAGAGAUUACGUAUCACCGUUGAGAUUGCUGGAGCUCUUUCUUACUUGCACUCUGCCGCGUCUUGUCCUAUUUUUCAUAGAGACAUCAAAUCCUCAAACAUAUUGUUGGAUGAGAAAUACCGAUCGAAAGUUUCUGAUUUCGGCACUUCGAGAUCCGUUACCAUAGAUCAAACCCAUGUGACAACACUGGUCGCAGGUACUUUUGGAUAUCUUGAUCCCGAGUACUUCCAGUCGAGCCAUUUUACAGACAAAAGCGACGUUUAUAGUUUCGGAGUCGUGCUUGCGGAGCUCAUAACUGGUGAAAAGGCAGUUUCCGAUGUGAGGUCCGAAGAGAACAGGGGAUUGGCAGCUCAUUUCAUUGAAGCCAUGAAAGAGAAGAGACUCGAUGAUAUGGUCGAUGGCCGAAUCAAAGAGCAUUCUAAGCUCGAACAAGUAAUGGCGGUUGCAAAGCUUGCGAGGAAGUGUCUAAACCUGAAAGGGAAGAAACGACCGAGCAUGAGGGAAGUUUCAAUGGGACUGGAGAGGAUCCGAUCUUCAUCUCCCGGAGAUCCAUUUCUCGUCGAUAACGUUGAGGAAGACGAAGAGGACGAAGCCGUGAAAGUUGACAUUGGAGAUUCUUGGAACGUUGUCUUCAGUGCUCCAUCCGCUGAAUUCGUCGCUGCAUCUUCUUCAUUGACUGAUGUUGAACCGCUGUUUCCUCAUAAAACACAGUGAUCGCCACCUCUCCUCAACCAGCAUCACCGCUGCAUUAUCUUAAGCGUUGGUAAGCUCUGUGUCUGCAUAUGUAUGCUCCGUUUCAUUACACAAACCCAAGAAAUUUCGAAACUUUAGGGGACAAAGCUAAGCCUGAAGCCAUCAAGAAUCAUUUAUGGAAAUGUUGUUUACGAGAUUCAGCAAAAGCUCUCCCGGAAGAGCUUUAUGGACUUGCAAAACUCGGUUAUUGGGGGCACAACUUACUUGGCAAGCACUCGUCUACAUAGUAUGGCUUGAGAGGAACUCGCGACUACAUACCGGGCGCUUCAAGGAUCUGUUCAGCACUGGCAGAAAUCAACCACCACUUCCGAAACAAGAUGGCGGCCAUUCGGUACUCUCAUCCACAAAUGGCUAGCUCAUUACUUCACAUCUGGUUUUCCACACCUUGAUUACAACAUAGCUUCUUCGCAUAAUGUUUGAUAUAAUAUUGAAUUUUUGUAAGCCUUCCAGGUUACCGUUCUUACUAAAUUCUGUAGGAGAAUUGAA